AUGACUCCCAGUCAUUCCUCUCUCAUGUCGUUGGCCAACGGCACCUCCCCUUUUGCUCAGUGGUCAUCAUUCCCUGCAUCACACUGUGUUUAG